GACACAUUACUAUAAGAUCAAAAGAAACAAAUAGGUAUAACAAUCUUAAAAUUAAAUACAAAUAGUAAUCAAAACGAAACAAGAAAAGUCAAAAUUUUGCAAAGACAGCACUUUAGUAUUUGCUGUUUGAAAUAAGUUAAGGGAGGGAAAUUCAACGUAGCGAGAGCAGUAUAUUACAAAUAAAAACCAUCUGUCAUACCGCGCCACCUUUUAAGAGUAGUAACGGUACGGUUACUCGGCCAAAAGAACAAGAAACAACGCAAUCUCAAAAGAGAGGAAAAUUGGACUGGGGACUAAAGUGCCGUGAGUGAGAGAGAAAAGUCGAAGAGUAGGCAACAACAACUAAGACAACAACAACGCCGCAAUUCGAGAAGACCAAGCAUAGUUUUGGUGUAAAGAAAAAAAAUACAUUUACAACUGUCAUUGCGCAAAUUGGCAAAACCGGUAAAUUGGAAAAACAUGGAGGAGGACCAUAAACUUACACUGCCCGGUUUACCGCCUUUACCGAAAAGCCUUAGUGCUGCUAUCGGGCAACCUAAUUCGUCAUCACCUCUAAGUCAUGCACAUCACUUUUUGGAUCCCGAUUUGUAUCUAGGUGCUUCGACCUCGGCAGCGGCAUCGCAUCGUGGUAGUCAGCGUGUUGGAGGCGGAGGUGGGAGUAGCAGUAACUCAUACCGUCACGGAAGUCUGUCAUCAACGCAGGAAUCCCUCAGUGAUCGUGAAAGUAUACAUAGUCGAGCCUCAUCGACUCACAGUGCCGGUGGCCAUUUAUCGCACUAUCGCCAACAACAGCAGUCGUCGUUGUUACACACACCAACCAACAAUAAUCACUCAAGCCACAGCAGCAAUAACAAUUCGCACAACCAUCAUUCCCGUACCGACAGUGAUAGUGCAUCUGGAUCUAGUACAACUACAAAAUUGGAUACCCAGUUGGCCAUACUAAGGCGGGAAAUGUAUGGCUUGAGGCAAUUGGACUUAUCAUUACUAUCGCAGCUAUGGGCUUUAAAUGAAUCAAUACAAGGGUUCCGUGCUUAUAUACAAGAACAAGAGGCUCUGUCUCCUCCUUCACCUUCUCCCACGCCAUCUGAAACAAAUUCUCUUACAUCAGAACCAGAUGAGGAGUCGUACUCUGGACAACAUGCUCUUCCGGGCAAAGUGGCACAACAGCAACCACCCAUUACUAUGGUACAGAGUUUGCUGCCAAAACGGGGUUCAACUACUUCAACCUCAACAUCGAAUACAUCAGGAUCUUCGUCGAAUAAUUCAUCUAUAAGUAAGCAUCAGCAUCAUGGCGGGGGUGGAGGAUUUUCGGCAAACAACGGCAGUGGUAUCAUGCCUCCACAGGCGCCUUUGCCGCAGAAAUCACAUCCCCAGUUACCACGUAUACUGCAGCAACGAAUGCGUCGAGCUCCACCGCCACCACCUCCCAACCGACCUAAGUCAUCGACAUCAAUUACUUCCAGUUCCUCACAUGGCGGUGGGGGCAACACUGGUAGUGGUGGUCAUCACCAUUCUACUGCUACUAGCAAAUCUUCAUCGCCUUCACCAUCUCCAGCACAGACUGGAAAUAUUGCAAAUCAGUCGUCGUCGAUGGCUCCAAGGCAUGUAUGACAAAAUCCCUUCUUAGACUAGAACGCGGUUUUAGAAUUGCCAGUCUAGUCUAAGAGCAAGGGGAUAACAAACCUAAAGUGCUGAACGAAAACAUUUAGAACAAUAAACCAACGUCAAAUGAAAGAAAACUUUAACACAACGCAACCAAACCAAACAAAUCUAAAAGAUUGUCAAUUUUCUUCUUUUAAAGAGAAAUAUUACGUAUUGCCACUGGAACUAAGGAACAGAGUUGCUUUUUCUACAAUUAUGCAAAAGCUGUUAAAGAUCACUCAACUAGUUAGUCAACGAAUAUAUGGAAAGUUGUUACGAUAAGACGACUUUGCUACAAUAAGACGACUUUGCUUAUAAUGCGGUUUAUAGAAUUUCACAUAUUCAACAGCAUUUAUUGUUUCUGUUCGCCGAAAAAACAUAGAUAUAGCGGAAUUUUGAUUGGGACAAAACGUUGCAGUAAUAAAUAUGAUCCUGUUAUAAUACAUGCAAAAUAAUCUGUGUCUAAACUUACGUAUGCCGACUUAAGGAACUAUGCAUGUUAAAUGCAUACAUAAUAUAUGUCAAAAUCCACUUUCUGGCAUUUUCGGUGCAUGCUUGUGCUUUUGAAAAAAUCUUCUUAAACUGACUUACUUUUUUAAAACUCUCUUUUAACUAUUAUGUCUUUGUGUUAAAUUGAAUCUUGAAUUCUCUCAAACAUUUAGAGACAUAUACAGUACCAGAAACUAAUUAUGCUUUUUUUACUAUCCGCAAUAAACCUUAAAACAAAAUCCAUCAUAAAAUUUAAAAAACGAACAUUAUAAAUUUUAAAAAAUAAAAUGCAAAGCCAAGGUUCAUGUAAUUAAUAAGAACUUCGUCAUUUUCAGGUCAAUUACAUUAAAGCAUACAUCAUUGUCAUAGAAACAAUAACUGUACUUAACAGCAUAGCUAAUAAACAAAACGUAUACAUGUGUACAAAAAGCAUAUGUAUCCGCAGCGAAUUAUCUAAAACUUUAACUAUUACUCUAUUAUAAUAACCAUUGUAACUUGCCAUUAUCCUCUGUAAUAAUUUGCAGAUAUCAAAACAUAAUACUAUACCACUAUCUACAAUUAUUAAAAUAGCAAAACUUUAAAGAGUAUAUAUAAAAUUAUAAGAGAUCCACUGUACUGUAUAUUUGUUUUAAGACUACAAAUUGUUAAUGCCAGCCUUUUAAUGCAUUUUUCUUAAUUAGUAUGUACAUUGUAAAAAAAACACGUAAUUUUAUUAAAAACCUACAAAAAAUCCAUAAUAUGUUUUAUAAUGGUAUGGAUACUAAAUUAUUUAAUAUACUGUUUAUUGUACAAUUAAUUCUUAUAUGUAAAUAGAGGAUACAAUCCUCAUAAAUGUCAUAUUGAAAAUUAAAUUAUUCAUAAAAUAACUUUUUAAAAAUAAUUACACAGCAUAAAUAAAUUACAGAAAAAGUAAUACAUUGUUAUCAUAUAUUAAUGAAAAAGCAAUUAAAAUAGUUUGUUAACAUACAUGCAUAGUAUUAUGAUAAUCUAUAUACAUAAAUUGUAAACGAAAAAACACACACAUAUACACUAUUAAAUAAGGCCGCCGUAUACACAUAACAAAUCCAGUGAACUUCUACUGUCAUCUUCCAUGCGUAUACGUCGAAUGAAAUCCACUCGAUUUAAGGUUCGAUUUCAUUUGACGCAUACGAUAAUGAUAGUUGAAAUCAAUUCGAUUUAGUUAGUGUAAACGUACUUUAAGUCAGGCGUGUAAACACGAUCUUACAUACUUUGCUUUGUGCGUGUUUUAUUACAUAUCGAAUAAUAAUAUCGAAUUGAUUUUCUUUGGGCAAAUACAAAUGGUGCAAUGCUGUGCCUUUAUGUUUUGUUUAUUCCUUACCCAUAUUCCUUGCUAGCAAAUCAAUAUAAAAUGUAUUAUUUUAUGAAAACGUAUUACAAUCCAAAUAAAACCAAAAUAAAAAAUACACUUACAACAACA